CUUGGUUGAGUUUUCGUACCGAACAUAUCACCAGUUAAGUAAUUUUCCUGUUCCGUAAAAGUGUGAAAUUCGAAAAUAAUCCUACUAAUUUAUAUACGUAUAUUUAUGUAGUGAUCUUCCUAAAAUGUUGUGUGAAAUAAAUAAAUAAUAAAUAAUCAUAAUUAUUAAGGAUAAUAAAUCUAAUCUAAUUAAUCAUUCAAAAUAUAUAAAGUUAAUUGAUAAAAAAACACUCUUGUAUAUUAAAGGCUUAGUUUCAAUGUUAAUGCUUUUAAAAUAUAUUAUACUUGCCAUAUCUUAUUUGCUUCAUUCUUAUUCUUGUAAUUUACACUACUAUUACCAAUAUCAAUCACUCGAUGCCCACGAGAAAACUUAAUUUAAUUAAUCAUAACAAAAAAAGUAACUUAAGGUCCAUAAUUAAACGGAGCCCUAGCAACUAUCAAAGUGUGGUUAGUUAACGUUCUAAAGAUGUAUAAAUUAUUAAUAAUGACAAUAAUAAUAGGAAGAAUAAGUGCAUCAAGAAUACUGGCAGUAAUUCCAACACCAUCAAUAAGUCAUCAAGUGGUAUUUCGCCCCUUGGUGCAGGAAUUAGCUCGUCGUGGUCAUGAGGUGAACGUUAUUACACCCGAUCCAGUGUUCACAAGUUCCAAAUUUGAAAAUCUAACAGAAAUAGAUGUACAUGAUGUUUCAUACGACAUAUGGACAGAAAAGUAUAUUGACCAUCAUGAGUUCGGUGCCAAGGAUUUUGUUUUGAAUAACGUUUAUAAUCUUUUAGACGUCCACUUAAGGCUUAUUGAAGUGCAGUUAUUAUCAAAAGGUGUUCAAGAUAUAAUAAAUAAUAAAAAUAUCAAAUUUGAUUUGAUAAUACUUGAAGCUGUUUCCAGACCAUCUUUGAUAUUUUCACAUUUGUAUAAAGUUCCUGUAAUACAAAUAAGCUCGUUUGGAAUGAUGUUGGGCAGUGGUGAUAUUGUGGGAGCGCCUAUACACCCUUUAUUAUACCCAAUAGCGUUAAGUCAAAGAAUAUAUCAGCGUUCAUUUUUGGAAGAAAUUUAUGAAUCAUAUAAAUAUUGGAAAGUCAUGAAAGCCUAUUAUAAUUUCGAAAAGCAGGAACACAAUAUUCUUCAGAGAAUUAUUGAGAAUGAUUUACCGAAUUACGAUGUACUGAGAAACAAUAUAGAAAUGUUAUUUCUCAAUAUGCACCCUAUAUGGGUAGAUAACCAACCAAUUCCUGAAAACGUCAUUACUAUAUGGGGUAUUUAUGAAAAGCCAAUGCAUGAUCUACCACAGGACCUACAAGAUUAUUUGGAUUCAUCUAAAAAUGGGGUAAUAUACUUGAGUUUCGGUUGUAAUGCACAGUCGUCGAAAUUACCCCGAGACAAAAUACAAAUGUUCAUACGGGUAUUUUCAAACUUGCCGUAUGAUAUCUUAUGGAAAUGGGAGACAGACGAAUUACCAGGAAAACCUCCAAAUAUUAAAAUAUCGAAAUGGUUGCCGCAAUCGGACCUUUUGUAUCACCCAAGCGUAAAACUAUUUAUAACACAAGGAGGUCUUCAAUCUACAGAAGAAGCCAUCAAUGCGGGGGUUCCUGUUAUUGGUAUUCCAAUGUUUGCUGACCAAUGGUAUAAUGUGGAGAAAUAUGUUCACCACAAAAUUGGAUUGAGACUUGAUUUCAAGACUUUGGAUAAAGAAAAACUCAAAACUGCAAUCGAUAUAGUAUUGAACGAUACUAGCUAUAAAGAAAAUAUGGUUCUACUUCGUGACUUGAUGAAGGAUGAGCCGCACAGAAGCCUGGAGCGAGCGGUGUAUUGGACGGAGUACGUGCUGCGUCACGGAGGAGCAAGACACAUGCGGGCUGCAGCAGCCAACAUGUCCAGGGCGCAGUACUACGAGAUGCAGUUUAUAUUGACGAUGUUGUCACUUGUUGGUGCAUCAGCUGUUGUAGUAGCUGUUGGAAUACGUCUUAUGUGGAAAUAUGUGAUGCGGACCUUAUAGCGCAAACCAAAAUUAAGACUUUGAUUUUGUAAUAAAAGUAAUUUCUGAUAACA